AGCGAUAUUACAUAGAUAUGUGUUUUAUUUAUUUAAGAAAAAUAAUAUAAAUUUAGCAAAAGAUGUCUGGGUUGAGACAAAAUAAGUCACGUUGGCUUUAUGGCUUUUCAGGUCAACAGUAAUGCUAACUGUCCAGCUAUUUUUUUUAUUUUUUUGCUAAGUAAAUUAUAUCGUUGGUGCCACGAGUUUGCUAAACUAGCUAUUAGCUGCUCUGCUCCUUUUUUACGUUAGUCCAUAUUUUAUUCGGGUUGAGUAUGUCUAACACAGUUUGGUUCAUUUUCAAUUAGGCCUCACGACUCUGAAGUGUUGGAACCGCAAGCGGGGGCUAAUAGUCCAGGAACCAUGUUGAUUAAAACAAGACUUGGCGAGCUGCAAAAAUUUGUCCGACUAACAGAGCCGAAUCUGAAGGAGUUUUUGAUAGCAGCAUUCACAAAAUUUGGCGUGCCAGCUAUAACAGAGGGCGUGAAGGUUGUUGACAGUUCUGGAACCGAGUUGGAUGAAGAUGUAUUUGAGGAUGUUGUUAAGGAUCCCUCUGCUGGAGUCCUAACCAUCAAAUAUGAAACCGAAUUUGUUUCCAUGGUGGAAUCGCCUGAGGAAUCUCAACCAAGCUCAUCUGAUUCUCAAGAGACACUCAUUCUUUCAGAGAGUCCUUCCGCUAAACGCCAGCGCCUGGACACAGAAGCUAAGCAUUUGGUGGAAUCCAUUCUUAACAACAAACCUGGAGGCGAACGGAUCAUGAAGGAAUAUAAUCGAAGCAAGUGCCUUACAGAUGAAACCAGAAGGAAAAUGGUUAACAUACUGGCAGCUGAUAUGACGGAGAAGAAUGGGACAUCACCACCCAGAGAGGUUAAAGAAAUGUAUGCCAGAGGAAUUGUGAGCUUAUUCCCCUACCUCAGUGAUCCAUUCUCCAGGAAUGGUUAUGAGCAUUAUUAUGAUGCUGCAAGUGGUACCGGGUACUUAGCCUGGAGGAUAAAAACUAUUCAGAGAUCCACUGCUAGAGACAGACGAUCAUCAUAUGGAG